AGGGUUCACUUAAUCUGGCAUUUUCCAAAGCAUGACAGGAUCCUUGGGCUGGUUUGACACGGUUUCUGGAAGAAAGUUCUAAAAUCUGAGCUGGGUCAUUAUUUUAACGUUAGGCAAGUACAUCUGACACCUCGAGUCUGUGUUUCCGGAGAUCCGUUUUCUAGAAUGGGGCUCGGUGUCACCUCGUCGGGGUGUCCACCCCCUGCAGCCUGUGGGAGUUAAUGGCGAGGGGUAUGGGGCGAGGGGCCAGUCCGCGACUCCCCUCACUGCAGGCCUCUCUCCCCACAGGCGUGCAGAGUCAGCUGUGACCCGCGAGGUGGGGCCACCUCCUCUCAGCCGCUCAGCCCCCAGGAGGACCAAGCCGGAGUCCCUCCCCAGCCCCUUUCAAAUCCCAAAUCCCGCCCCAUCUACAACCUUCCUCUGAUCUGGCUCUUACUCACCUCCUUCCUGUUCCUGAAAAACUCUUCCCACGUUCCCCAGACGGAGGCCUUCCUUUCUGUCUGCGCCCCCCGCCAGGACACCUCCUUUUUGGUCAUUUCCUCAGCGGCUGUUUUACUUAUUUUCUCCUUUCUUCCCGGGGCCCUAGGAACCGGCAGCGCCGCCGCCCACAUCGGCUGGUCUUUACGACGAGCCCUGUCCCAUUUCGACACUAUCCUAUAUGUUUCCUCUGUCUUCUAGUACAUUCCACCCCACCAUUGCUUCGGCACGGCCAUACUUAAUUUCUCCUUUCUGUACAGAUAGCUCCCUCUCCCCACGGCCCACUGAUGCCUUCAUCCCUGUCUCUGUAAAUAUCCCCUUCAGCCACUGUUUGUGUUAUCCCAAUAGUCCCUCGUUUAUACUCAGACUGGGUCUAUAAACACCCCCUUGACGAAGCUCUUUGUUAAUCCCUCCCAAACCUCCCUCCUGUUGUAAUUCUAUCCUGCCCGGCCCCUCUCAAGCUUCGCCCUUUCCUGCCCGGCCCCCGGCCCAGGAUUCAUAAGCAACCUCAUCUCCUCCCUGUGGACCGCCUUCCGCCAUGUUCCCCUGAGCCCACAAGGAGGGGGCUCAGGAGGCCCGAUGGCCUCCCGCCCCCCGCGGCCCCACAGCCCCCCCGGGCCAGGGGAAGCACCUGAACGCCCGAGCGCCGCCGAGAAUGGGCAACCGCACGUGGGAGGGCUGCCACGUGGACUCUCGCGUGGACCACCUCUUCCCGCCAUCCCUCUACAUCUUCGUGAUCGGCGUGGGGCUGCCCACGAACUGCCUGGCCCUGUGGGCCGCCUACCGCCAGGUGCGGCAGCGCAACGAGCUGGGCGUGUACCUGAUGAACCUCAGCAUCGCCGACCUGCUGUACAUCUGCACGCUGCCGCUGUGGGUCGACUACUUCCUGCACCACGACAACUGGAUCCACGGCCCCGGGUCCUGCAAGCUCUUCGGGUUCAUCUUCUACACCAACAUCUACAUCAGCAUCGCCUUCCUGUGCUGCAUCUCCGUGGACCGCUACCUGGCCGUGGCCUACCCGCUGCGGUUUGCCCGCCUGCGCCGCGUCAAGACGGCCGUCGCCGUGAGCUCCGUGGUCUGGGCCACGGAGCUGGGCGCCAACUCGGCACCCCUGUUCCACGACGAGCUCUUCCGUGACCGCUACAACCACACCUUCUGCUUCGAGAAGUUCCCCAUGGAAGGCUGGGUGGCCUGGAUGAAUCUCUACCGGGUCUUCGUGGGCUUCCUGUUUCCCUGGGCCCUCAUGCUGCUGUCUUACCGUGGCAUCCUGCGGGCCGUGAGGGGCAGUGUGUCCACCGAGCGCCAGGAGAAGGCCAAGAUCAAGCGGCUGGCCCUUAGCCUCAUCGCCAUCGUGCUGGUCUGCUUCGCGCCCUACCACGUGCUCCUGCUUUCCCGCAGUGCCGUCUACCUGGGCCGCCCCUGGGACUGUGGCUUCGAGGAGCGUGUGUUCUCAGCCUACCACAGCUCGCUGGCCUUCACCAGCCUCAACUGCGUGGCCGACCCCAUCCUCUACUGCCUCGUCAAUGAGGGCGCUCGCAGCGACGUGGCCAAGGCUCUGCACAACCUGCUCCGCUUCCUGGCCAGCGACAAGCCCCAGGAGAUGGCCAACGCCUCGCUCACCCUGGACACGCCCCUCGCUUCCAAAAGGAAUAGCGCGGCCAAGGCCAUGGUGGCCGGCUGGGCGGCAGCCCUGCCCUCCCAGGGGGACCAGGUGCAGCUGAAGAUGCUGCCACCGGUGCAGUGAACCUCAAAUCGUGGAGCCCCCACUCCUCACAUCCGAUCCCACACGCCCUUUCCCCUCCUCCGCCAGUAUAUGCAAAUUGUAUGUAAAUAAGGCUGUGUUACCAUUCACAAGAAGAAAACAGAGAAACGAUGAUGAGGCUGGCGGGUCAUUGGUCAACCGUCAUCCUCCACCAUGACCCCUACCAAUUCAGGUGAACUGCAUCCAGCCCUGUGCUCACUGGUGCUAGUGACAUGGUGGCCCUGCCCUCACGGGUCCCCACUCUAGUGGACAGUGAUGACACAGAGUGUGAAAGCCUCGGGCAGGGGAGGCCAGGGUCUGAGGGAACCCCAGGGACGUCUGACCCAGUCUGGAGGUCAGAGAGGGCUUCCUGGAGGAGGGGACCGGUGAAUUAAAUUUCCAGAAGGUCAAGACAAAAAGAGAAAAAAGUUAGGCUUAUUUCCAACAAGGAGGUGAAAGUAGGUGAUUCAAGGGGAAAGUGGAAGGGGAAAUUCACUGAGCGUGGAGUGAUCGCGUUUGCUUUUGGGAAGCCUCCGGUCACGUAGGGGAGAGAGACGAGGACAGAGCAACUCCAAGUUUCUGGAUAAACAGCAUUCUCCAAAUCAGGAAUGAGGAAGAAGAGGGAGCAUGUCAGAACCCAAGUGAAGGGCAAUCAAGGUCAACUGGCUGGAGGCGGAGUGAGCAGGGCAGGCUGGGGAAGGAAGUGUGGAACCAGGGGAAGGAUAUUUAUUCAUUCAUUUGUUUAAGAUUUAUUUGUGCCUAUUGUCUUCCCUGUGCUGGCAGGGGAUGGGGAUACAACAGUGACCAAGACAGCCCAGGCUGCACCCUCACGGGGCUCAUGGUAAAUGAGUAAAUAAAAAUGAAUAUGAUAUUUGCAACUGGAAAAAUAAAGCCAAUCGAAGGGA